CUUGCAUCUUGUUUCCUCUCUUAUCCCAACCCAACACCUCAGCAUGGCCUCGAGCGCAAUCAGGUUCAAAGCAGAGCUCCUGUCGACAUUCGUGAGCAAGCAGGUCGCCGCCGCCGGGCUCGGCGUCAAGGCAGGAAAGCGGCCACUGCUCGUCUCGAUGCAGGGGCCCCAGGGCUCCGGCAAGAGCACACUGGCUGCGGAAAUGGUCAAGGUGCUGGCGGAUGAGCAUGGCCUCAAGUGUGCUGUCGCGUCAAUGGAUGACUUCUAUCUCACCUACGCCGGCCUCAAGGCUGUCGCAUCAGCCAACCCCAACAACUCGCUACUCUCUGGACGCGGCCCUCCUGGUACACACGACUUGCCACUCCUCUCUUCCACGCUCGCCCGUCUCCGCGACGGCCCGGCCCCGUCCCAGACCAACCCUCUCCACAUCCCCACGUUUGACAAGUCACAGAACGAGGGAUACGGCGAGCGCUCGACCGUCACCGAAGACAUCACCGCCCCAAUCGACGUCUUUGUCCUCGAAGGCUGGAGUCUUGGCUUUGCGCCAGUCGACGCCGACACUCUUCGCGAGCGCUGGGCCGAUGGCCGUGUUGCCUCACGCCAUCCUAUAGAGAGCCUGCAAACCCUCGACACCAAUCUGGCGGAGACUGAACGCUCCACUGGAGACAAGUUUGACUGUCACAUCGCCAUCCGCCCCAUCUCGUACGACUUUGUGUACGACUGGCGCCUGCAAGCGGAACACAACAUGAAGGCAAAGAACGGCGGCAAGGGCAUGACGGAUGACGUCGUGCGGGCGUUUGUCGACCGCUACAUGCCUGUCUACGAAGUGUUUGGCGAGGGGCUGCCAGAACGCCAGGCGCUGGUGCUCACCUUUGACAAGAACCGCGAGGUUGUGGACCCCAGUGUGGACGAGGGGGCAUAGGGCGUGGAUGCACCAUCAUCUCUAUUGA